AUGGCACAAGACAAAAUUGAACCACCUCCAGAGGGUCGCUUGCCACAGGCCACCAAAGGUUCGGAUCAUCUGAGAGAUGUGUUUGGGCACAUGGGUCUCAGUGAUAAAGACAAUGUUGCUUUAUCCGGUGGUCAUACACUGGAACUUCUCAAUGGAGAGAAAGAAGGUCUGAUCGAGUUGCCAACCGACAAAGCACUUUUGGAAGAUCCUGUCUAUCGACCUCUUGUUGAGAAAUAUGCAGCUGAUGAGGAUGCCUUCUUUGCUGACUAUGCCGAAUCUCAUUUGAAGCUUUCAGAGCUUGGAUUCGCGGAUGCUGAGUGGGAGACCGACAAAAGGAACAUGACCAUGCUGAUGUCGGGCGUCUGUUAUGGUUCUGCCCGUUUAAAUAAUUACUCGUAA